CUCAUUUUUGCCGCCCGUGCAGGCGACACUGACGAGGUCCGGGCUGCGCUGGCCAGCGGCGCGCCGAUCGACGGCCGUGACGCUAACCGCUCGACGGCGCUGAUGAUGGCCGCCGCGAACGGGCACGCCGACGCGCUGCGCGAGCUCAUGGGCGCUGGUGCCGACGUGAACGCAAUCAACUCGCUCGGCAACACCGCCCUGCACUGGGCUGUCUUCACGUCAAAGCUCGCGGCGGUUGAGGUGCUCCUCGCAAGCGGU